CGGAUGUAUCGAAGGCAGUGGUUUUACAUGACUCGAAUAAGAAGUAUCCCAGGCGGGCUUUCUUUACAGUUUUUGAAACACAAAGUUAUAUUUUUACAAAGUAGUAAAGCUCCUAUUUUAAAAAAGCACAGAAAUAGAUUAUCAUAUAAUAAAUUCAAGUAGAAAACGAGGGUCUGCGCCCCCUCAAAGAGCCCAUCAUGAAGCUGACGGACAAUGUGCUGCGGAGCUUCAGGGUUGCAAAGGUUUUCCGAGAAAAUUCAGACAAAAUCAACUGUUUUGAUUUCAGUUCAAACGGCGAAACCAUAAUUUCUAGCAGCGACGAUGACUCCCUGGUUUUAUACGACUGCCAGGAGGGAAAGUAAGACAUACAUUCAAUUAAUAUUAAUCGACUGUUUUUUCCGCACUGCAUGCUAUUAGGGUAGGCCGACCCCCGCGCUGUAACUAGCAUCUGCUCCGUUAGUAGUACUAGUGAGGCCUACUGCGGUAUGCAAAAUCCUCGGUCUCGAGUUAAGACACUAGCGGAGUUUGAGCGGAUGCAGGUCUGGCUUGUUAGUUGGAUAACAAAACUAUAACUUGUAUUUCAAAUAAUUUCCCACAAGGGUGUAGUUAGUGUAUUGUGGAGGUAAAAUAAAUAACAAUAUAUAACAAUUGUAUGUGCUAGUCUAGGUUAGCCCUAUAUGUGGCUGCUGUAACCGUCCUGAUUAUGAUUACGUUGUUGAGAGUUCAGAGGCAGUUGGCUUUGCUAGAAGUUUCUGUGCCAGCAAUCUAACAUGGUUGCUUAAUUUUUUUCCCCCAUCCUGUGCUGGUCCAGACCCAAGCGGACCCUCUACAGUAAGAAGUAUGGAGUGGAUCUGAUCAGGUACACACAUGCAGCCAACACCGUGGUCUACAGCUCCAACAAAAUUGAUGGUAUGUUAGUGCUUAAAGGCAAAGAGGCGAUUUGUAAUCAGUAGGCCUAUACCUGCCAAUAAGUAGUUGUCCAUGUAACUCUUGCCUGGCACCUUUCAGAUUGUUCAUAGGGAUUUCCUGACAGUCUGAAUGCGUUAACCUCAGCCUGGGGCGGUCGACCAUGCUCACUCUGGUCUGAGGUAGUUGUUUGUACAGUUUGAGGGUCCGUGAUUCUGCCCGAUACAGGAGCUAACUGUACAAGCCACUGCCUUGCCUAGGGUGGGGUCUACUCAUCCGACCUGCCCAGUGCCCAUCGCCUCCUGGAUCGGAAGCUCUACUUGCUCUCUAGUUGUCUGAUGCGGUGAUGAAUGGGAAUGCCAUGCUGUCUUCUGCCCAUAACCCCAUGCCUUUAUGAUAAUUGCAGACACUAUCCGGUACCUCUCCCUCCAUGACAACAAGUACAUCCGGUACUUCCCCGGACACAACAAAAGGUGAGGACUGAGUCAGAGAAACACAAUUGGCUGAGGGGUAGUUUAGGCUACAUUACUGUACUAUUACUUGAGUAUUGUCUCUCAAGGUAGAUGUUUUUAUACCUUUAACAUUAAUGUUUCAGAGUGACGGCUCUCUCCAUGUCCCCUGUGGAUGACACGUUUAUCUCAGGAUCUUUAGACAAGACAAUUCGGCUAUGGGACCUGCGGUCUCCAAACUGCCAGGUGGGUUCCCUUCACUCACUAGGUCUUGUUAAAGGUUGACUCAGCAAAAUGAUGCUGCCACGAGUAGCACUGCAGAUAUUGCGAUGGACGAGAUGCACAACUUUGCUUUCACACAGUCACACACAGUAUCUGCACAUGUGCAUGGGUUCGCUUCACGCUUUAACAAUGUGGUAGCCACGGGACCAAAACAGCGGACAAUUUUAGCCUUGUGCUUCAACGCUCUUAGUUAAUGCGGAAAUGUACCCACUAUGCUGUUUACUUUCUGCAUCUACGUCAUAUUGCUGUCUACCUUUACUUCUCCUUGACAUUGAUGAUCAAUUGACUCUAGAUCAGGGAUGCACGCUUGCCACUUUCUGUGAUAUUUGCCUUUUUGAUCUCAAAAUAGGUAAUCCAUGUGAAUCUUGUAGAUCCGUAAAAAAAAAUAAUGGAGGGGGUGGGUUGACAGUGCACAGACACAGUGUAUCACCCAUUGAGCUAUAAAAGAGGUGCAAACAAAUCUUCUCCCUGGGAGAAUCUCAAUUGCAUACUGCUCACGUCCUCUCUCCUCGCCUCCUUCUCAAAACCCAUUGGAGGAUAAGGUCAGAUGGGCGGGACCUCUGGCUUUCUCUUCCAAUGGAUAGCAGUUUGGCAUAGAAUACUGACAACUGCGAAUGCAAACAGAACAAAACAGCGGUACCAAGUAGGCCUAGUAAACAAAAUAUCCCAUCGAUAAAGGCAUGACACCAUCUAUAUUUAGGCUAGUUGCAUUAAUGUUAAACAAACGCUGUAAACAAAAGGUGAAUGGAGAUCCAGAUAACCAAAACACAGCCUACUACAGUGAGAUGCAGCCAUGCACAGCUGUCUUGCCAAACAAAUAGGCCUAAAGGCCUGCUUCAGACAUGGAAAAUCAUGCCGCUCAUGAGUACAGCAACACGUUAUGAUAUGGCACAAUACACUUCUGUGGAUUAAAUUUGACCCACGUAAUCAUUUAAGCAAUGCCAGCCCACCAUAUACAUGUUUCCAGAGUAUUGAGAUUAACAAAUAAAUAAUACAUAUUUGAACAUUCUCAGAAAAUAUGCAAAUUAUAUGCACACACAAAAAAAGUCAUCAUUUUGGACCCUUGCCAGUUCGCGUCCCUGUUCUAGAUGUGCCUUUGCUCUGUCUGUGACUGUCUCUGUCACUACCAGGGCCUGAUGCACCUCCAGGGGAAGCCAGUUUGCUCCUUUGAUCCUGAGGGUCUGAUCUUUGCUGCUGGAGUGAACUCCGAGAUGGUCAAACUGUAUGACCUGCGAUCCUUUGACAAGGUAACAGUAAUUUUCAGGGCUGACUUUGGACUUUUCAGGAAAGGAUGUAGGAUGUGGUACAGAUUGUAGUGUUUUCUCUGCUUUCUGUAUUAUAGUUGCAUGUGUAUUGAGAGCUGUGAAUGCGGGUCAGGUGGUAGAUGGUUGUCUUCAGAUUAACUUUUCUUGUUUGGUUCUCUUUAGGGUCCUUUUGCUACCUUCAAGCUACAGUACGACCGUACGUGUGAGUGGACAGGACUCAAGUUCAGCAACGAUGGGAAGCUCAUCCUUGUCUCAACCAAUGGGGGUGCUCUCCGCCUCCUCGAUGCUUUCAAGGGAGCUGUGAUGCAUUCCUUUGGGGUGAGAGAUCAUACACAUUCAUGCAGACACUUAAAACCUAGACGGACACUGUUGAAUACUCUUGAUACUUAAUGCAAAGACUCUUGAACUGACAUACAUUUCACAACGAGCAAGUUGCACAAUAAGUGAAAUGAUAGGCCUAUACUUAUAGACACUCUACUUUAUCCUACAGGGCUACAACAACAGCAAAGCUGUGACGCUGGAGGCCUCCUUCACUCCUGAUUCUCAGUUUAUUAUGAUCGGUAAGUCCACAGAGACUGGGAAGGUGAGGUAACAGGCUCUAUGUUCUGUAAAGUAAGACAGGACAGUUCCAAUUGUCUUCCCAUUCUACCACAGAAUAAUUUGGUAGUAAUAAUUUGAAACUGCAAAUUAAACCUAACCUGGAAACAUUACACACUAAAACAGUAGUUCAGCUCCCUCUCAUUUUCCCGUGGUCUGACGGGUGGUUGUCUCUCAGGCUCUGAGGAUGGGAAGAUCCACGUGUGGAAUGCAGAGGGUGGGAUGAAGGUGGCGGUUCUGGAUGGGAAGCACACGGGUCCCGUCACCUGCCUUCAGUUCAACCCCAAAUUCAUGACUUUUUCUAGUGCCUGUUCAAACAUGGUAAGAUUAGUUGUGUUGAACACACAUGCAAUCUCACAUACAGUACAUGAAUGCUCAGUAAGUAUUUUGUCCUCUGCAGGCAUUCUGGCUCCCCACUAUUGAUGAUUGAUUGAGAGAGAGAGAUGCUAUGGAGGCCACUGGCAACGUGAGAUCCCAUUUAAAACCAGCAGGUGUAGGCACAUCCAGCUCU